ACCUUACAACGUUCAGAAAUCUCUUCCGAUCAAAGGGUUUUUAAGCUCUUCUGUUCUCUCUCUAUUUCCAAUCUUGUUUCUGCAACUUCGAAACAAAAAUGGCUGGGAUUGUUGUGGUUUUUGAUUUUGACAAAACCAUCAUUGAUUGUGAUAGUGAUAAUUGGGUUGUUGAUGAGUUGGGUUUUACCGAUUUGUUUAAUCAGCUUCUUCCUACCAUGCCCUGGAAUUCUCUCAUGGACACGAUGAUGGGGGAGAUUCAUGCGCAGGGAAAAACCAUUGAUGACAUUGCUGAGGUUCUGAAACGGACUCCUAUCCAUCCUAAGAUUGUAGCAGCUGUUAAAUCAGCUCAUGCUUUAGGGUGCGAACUGAGGAUCGUAAGUGAUGCAAACAUGUUCUUCAUUGAGACAAUCCUGGAGCAUCUUGGACUAAGGGAAUAUUUCUCUGAGAUCAACACAAACCCAGGCUUUCUGAAUGAACAAGGAAGGCUUAGGAUCUUCCCUUACCAUGAUUUCACCAAGUGUUCCCAUGGCUGCAAUCUCAACCUUUGCCCCCCAAACAUGUGCAAGGGGAUGAUCAUAGAAAGGAUUCAAGCUUCUUUAGAGGGAAGGAAAAAGAUGAUAUACCUUGGAGAUGGUGUUGGUGAUUAUUGCCCCACCCUAAGGCUAGCAAAGAGUGACUAUAUGAUGCCAAGGAAGAAUUUUCCAGUUUGGGAUUUAAUUUGUAGGAACCCUAUGCUCAUCGAGGCUGAAAUUCACGAAUGGAGUGAUGGUGAAGACCUGGAGCGAGUUCUUUUGCAACUAAUCAACACGGUCUCCGUUGAUGCUCAAUUGUUCUCAGUUGACUGCAAACUGCAAAGCUUAUCGGCAUGUAACCAUUCCUUGCCCAAAUCCCUGCAUGUUCCUCAGUAGAAGUGUGAUCGUCCCUUGAAGUGAUUUUUAGGUC